AUGUUUCCUACUAUAUGGAGGCGCACGGCGUUACAUCUCCCAUCCCGAUACUUUGCCACGUCCUCAAAACCACCAGCAAACCUCGUCUCUCUCCUCCGCAAGCAAACCAACGCACCACUAUCCAAAAUAAUAAAGGCUCUCUCCCACUCCAACAACUCCAUCCCAGCCGCACUCGACUGGCUCUCCCACGACGCACUCGCAUCAGGAACCGCCAAGGCUGCCAAACUCGAUCGUGUCGCUGCUGAGGGUGUCAUAUACAGCAUCACACCAUCAACAUUAAUUAAAGGACGGGGCGUCAGAGGGAUACUGGUUGAAGUAAACAGUGAAACGGAUUUCGCGAUACGUGGACCGCUGUUUCAGGCGUUUGUCAAGCGAGCUGCUGUGACGGGGGUGAUGUUUGGUGAGAGUCUUGCUGGUGUUGUGGGGUUUGGAAGCACGACGUGUCUGCAUGAUGUGGAUGCACGUAGAUUAUUAGAUGCACCUGCAUUCCCGCUGCCGGAUUCUCCCGCCAUAGAAGAUAAUACUCCCUUAAAGGACCUCCUCGCAACACUUAUAGGCACCAUCGGCGAACGCGUCACGCUCCGACGAGCAUGCAUCGCCCUCCCGCCGCCACGUAUCGCAGCAUCGGAUCCGCUAACCAUCGUAUCCAGCUACAUACACACGCUGCCGGGCAGCGAUAUGGGGAGGAUGGGCGCUAUGGUGGUACUAGCUGCGCGGGAAGCAGUACAUAAAACAGGGAAUGUGGAUGGUGGUGUCGUGGAUGAGAUUGAGCGGUUUGGGAAGAGGCUUGCUCAGCAUGUGACGGGUUUUAAUCCGUUGACUGUGGACGGGUUGCUGGAGCAAGAGUUCUUGUUUGGCGGUGGCAUGGUCAAGGAUGUGGUUGCAGAGAUGGAGGUAGCCAAGGGUGUGCGCGUUGAGGUGGUGGAUUUUGUGAGGUAUGAGUGUGGAGAGGGGAUUGAGAAGGUGGAGAAGAAUUUCGCGGAGGAGGUUCAGAAGCAGUUGGAGUAG